CUUUGUUCAAGGUCUACGAGGACAAGAUAUCGUGGCUGACGGAGGUGCGGAAACAUGUCGUGCUACGGGGUGCUACGGGCGUUCUUGGAGAAGGGUUUUCGCAACUGCCAUGGAGCGGUGGACUGCACACAAAUCUACGUCGACAAACCGGCAAACGAGCCGAGCAAGAACUACUUCGAUCGCAAGAUCUGCUUCUCUGUCAUUGCCCAGGUGGUGGUCGACCUGGAUCUGUGCGUGCUUGACGUAUUCGUUAGAUAUCCGUGGAGCUGCCACGACAUCAAGGUGAUCCAGUUGUCAAGUCUAUCGGGGUGCGUGAAAGAGGGAUUGAUGUUUCGUGGGCUGAUUAUGACGCCGCCGGGCGGGGUGAGAACAAACAGAUACAUCUUGGACUCAGAGGACAACGGGCAUCCUCCUUUUGAAUGGGUAGUGAUGCCGUAUGGAGGGAUCAAUCAGCACCCCGACGAGGAGAGGUUUGACACGAAGCAUAAGGUCGCGAGAGGGGUUGUUGAGAAGGCCUUCGGGAGGUUGAAGGGGAUGCGGAGGCUGUUCCUGCGGACGCACAAGACGAAGCUAGACACUCUGCCACAGCAAUUCAUGGUCGUCUGCAUUCUCCACAACAUUCUCCACGAUGUUGGUAUUGAUUUCGAUGAGAAUCUGUUAGCCGGUUCACGCUGCGCAGGGUCCUCGAUCUUGAAACGUCAUAAAUCAUCGAGCGACAUUAUCACCAUGGACGGCGGUUCCGCUCCUGCAUCUCCAUUGGUGAUGGCGAUGAAGUAAUCCGUGCAGUUGACCACCACCUCCUGCAAAGGUUUUUUGGGGCCUUGCCCCCACAACUCGUCGCAAUCAACCCACAACUUCGAC